AUGAUGCCUCAGUUUGGGAGAUCACCGCAAGAGUUGAGUCUGAUCGCAAAUAAAGUGAUGGAUGAAAUUUACGAAACGCACGGCCACUUGCUGACAACCAUCGAUCGUCCAUGGCUAACAAGAGCUAAACUAAGAGAAAUGGCUGAUGCUGUCCAUGAAGUAGGAGCUGCACUUCCAAACUGCUGGGGAUUUGUAGACAGCACGGUAAAUAUCAGAAAAAAAUGUUUUUACACCGCAUCCCGUUCCUGCAACCCGCCCUUCCUAACCCCCCGCACCGGAAAAAUUAUUACCUGCUUGUCUCCACAUUUAUUUCAGUCAGGAAACCUGACAGCAGGUGACAUUGUAUAUACACCGGGUUCUCCCUUCCUCCACCCUUACCUGGAAUGGUGUUAAAUCAGUCAAUCUGAAAAGUGAAAGUUUAACAUCCCUUUUUUUCUCUAAUUUAGGUUAGGCCUGUUUGUAGACCAGGCGAGGCCCAGCGCAUACUAUACAAUGGCCAUAAGAGAGUCCAUGGCAUCAAAUUUGAGCAAGUACUUGCUGCAAAUGGCAUUAUAGUUCGAAUGUAUGGACCUGUUGGUAAGAUAACAAAGUUUAUGUACUACAGCAUACUGUUCAAACCAAAACUAGAUGCCAAGGCAUGGACAGAUAAGGAUUCUAGACUACACUUUACCGUAGUCCCCAUUGUAGCAAGGGCUUACCAAUUUCACUGAAAUUGCAUAAGUUAAGUUUUGGUCAAAGGGUUAUACACUAUAUUUCUGGGCUAGAAAUAAAACAGCAUUUGCUCAUUCACACAGAGGGCAAGAAACACGAUGCAGGAGUGCUUAGAAUGUCAGGCUUGUACCAAGACCUGGAGAGGCACUCGUGGGCACCUGAUGGCACACCUUUGUGCAUUUAUGGCGACACUGCAUACCCCUUAAGAGUACACCUGCAAACUGGGUUCAAAGGCGCAAACCUCACUCCAGAUCAAGAACAGUUCAACAAAUCUAUGUCUGAUGUCAGAACCUCUGUAGAGUGGACAUUUGGUGAAAUUGUCAAAGACUGGGCAUUCUUAGACUUCAAGAAGAAUCUCAAACUA